AUGAGCACUGAAUACACGCUCAAUGAGGUUGCUCGUCACUGUACUGCAGACGACCUUUGGAUAGCCUACAAAGGAGGGGUACGUUUGCUCUUUCGCUUUUUCGGGCUUCAUUCUUCUCGAUUGCGUUCUGUUAGCUUGACGGAGAAGUCUUUUGAGAAAGUACUUGUUGUCAUUUUUGCAUUCAAACUGCAUAAAACAUCCUUUUGA